AUGGGGAAGAUCACCUUCUAUGAGGACCGCGGCUUCCAGGGCCGCCACUAUGAGUGCAGCAGCGACCACUCCAACCUGCAGCCCUACUUCAGCCGCUGCAACUCUGUGCGCGUGGACAGUGGCUGCUGGAUGCUCUAUGAGCAGCCCAACUUCGGAGGCUGCCAGUACUUCCUGAGGCGUGGGGACUACCCCGACUACCAGCAGUGGAUGGGUUUCAGCGACUCCAUCCGCUCCUGCCGCCUCAUCCCCCACCAGGCACGCUCUCACAGGAUCAGGAUCUACGAACGUGAGGACUACAGAGGCCAGAUGGUGGAGAUCACCGACGACUGCUCCCACCUCCAGGACCGCUUCCACUUCAGUGACUUCCACUCCUUCCACGUGCUGGAGGGCUACUGGGUCCUCUACGAGAUGCCCAACUACCGGGGGCGGCAGUACCUGCUGAGGCCCGGGGAAUACAGGCGCUACCACGACUGGGGCGCCAUGAAUGCCAGGGUGGGCUCCCUGAGGAGAAUCAUGGAUUUCUAUUGA